UGCUUCUGCCUUCUUCUCCUCUACGGCCUUAACGGCGGCGGGUUUCUCCUCUCCUGGAUUUUUUGUCAGAUCUCAGCUACGUUAAUCGAUUUUUUUCUCUUCUAUUCGCAUUAUUUUGACUACCCAAUUUUUUCCUUCGCAAACAAUAAAUUGAAAAGACCCCUAUUAGCCCUUGUUAGCUUAUGAGAUGAUUAUUGCUAAUCCAGUACUACUCUACAUGUAAAAUCUUUUUCUAUUUGAUAGUAAUUUAAAUAAACGUUUUUAAGAAAAAAAAAAUACUAAGCUAUAUAAGUUAUGAUUAUUCCUAAAAAUAUCUUAUAAAUUUUUGAAAAAUAUUCAUAUUAAAAUGAAUUCAAAGUAUCUUGAAUAAUUUUAUCAUCUAUAUUGUCAUUUGCUCAUAUCAUCAAUUAUUUUUAAACGUUAUAACUUUCUUAUAAUUUUAUCAUCAACAGGGAAUCAACAGGGAGUAAUGGAUAUCCCAGAGAAAUACAAACAUAUAUGGAUAUAUUGGGAUGUUCAUGCCUUCAUUUUGCUCAGCAUCUUCAUCCAAAUUGUCCUCCUUUUUCUUGGCCAUCUUAGAAAAACUUUUGCUUUGAGAUGGAUGCAAACGAUCUUAUGGGGUAGCUACCUCAUUGCCGACUUGCUUGCCAACUUUGUUCUCUUCCACUUAUGCAAUGUCAUGGAUGAUUUCUCAUUCUCCAAUGAUAUUAUUGCAUUUUGGGCUCCCUUCCUCAUCCUCCACCUCGGUGGCCCCGACACUAUCACAGCUUACUCCAUAGAAGACAAUGAGCUUUGGGCCCGCCAUCUUCUCGUCCUCGCCUUUGGGCUCAUCUUUACCUUUUAUGUCCUCUUUCGUUCCCUUCCAAACAUGUGCUUACUUGCCCCCACCCUUUUGAUACUUUUAGUGGCAAUCAUUAAAUAUUUAGAGCGCUCUUACUCACUUUACAAAUCUAGUGUUAAUGGCUUUCGCAGCUCUAUUAGCUCCUCUUAUAGAAAACUAUCACUAGAAGAUUUGAACCCUUCGAAUCAACCUUUUUAUUUAUACUCUACUUGUAGGCCUUUCUUCAUCAAUCUUACUCCACACUUGGAGUUGUAUACUAAAACAAGAAAUAUGAUAAAUGAUAUGCCAACAAAGGAGGUUUGGAGGGCGAUGAGUAUGGUACUUGAUUAUGUUUAUGAUGAGUUUUAUACCAAGGCAAUUAUAAAUCACUCUAUAGUUGGGUAUGGUCUUCGGGUUCUAUGCUCCAUUUGUAUUUUCUUGGCUUUUUGGCUUUUUCAUAUAGUGCCCAAGGAUGAUUUUGGCAAGUUUAAUGUGAUCAUCACUUAUAUUCUUCUUGUGACAUCUGUGUGCCUCGAUAUCACGGCUACUAUUAUGCUUAUGUUCUCGAAUUGGAUGGUUUCUUCUCUACUCAGUUUUAAGAAAUUAAGAAACUGGAGUGUGUUGCUUGCUAAUUGCAUUGUUAGAAUUCAAAAUGCGUGGCAUAAGAGAAGCCAUUGGUUGAUAAAGAUGCCACAGUUGAGUUUACUCAAUAAUUGUCUUGAUAUUUCUGCGCCAAAUGGAGUUCUUCAUAAAAAUAUGAUGAAUUGGAUUGUAAAAAAGCUAUGCUUUGCGCAGGAGGCAAAGUUGUAUCCAGGAUGGAGAACUAUAGUAAAUGAAAGUUAUACAUUGCAAAUGUUGAAGCCAGCAUAUGCAAACGAGGAGAUUAUUAAGAUUAUUGUUUCAUAUGUAAAAAAUUGUUUAACAGUAAUCCAUUAUGAUCAGGUUGUCCCAGGAUAUGCUAAAAUUUUGAAAUUCAACAAACUGGAUUGGGCUAUCCCAACAUUUGUUGAGCUUUUAGAUGGGAUGUCACUUGAUCAACAAGUCUUUAUAUGGCACAUCACCGCUGAUCUCUGCUUUCAUUGGAAUCCAAAGUCUUUACAUCCCUUAUGUCCUCAUCAGAGAGAGAUAGAAGAAGAGGAAAGCAUAUCAAGAGUAAGAAAGUGCCUAGAGAUCAUGAAAGCUUGUAAGUACUUGUCAAACUAUAUGAUGUAUACGGUGCUAAUGCGACCAGAGAUGAUGUCUACUACGGUACAAGCAAGCCCAAUGUUAUUUUAUCAUGCAUUUGAUGAAAUGGUUAGGUUCAUUCGCAAUUACACAAUGCAAAAUGCAAAAGUCGAGGAGGUGUGCAGAAAGAUAAUGACUACUCCAAUAGUGUGGACCGAAAAUAAUAGAUCUUUAUUUGCGAUUGCACGAGCACUUGCUGAUUUGAUGCUUAAAAUCGAGGAAGCUGAGAGAUGGAAAGUCUUGACUAUGACGUGGGCUGAGCUUAUAAUUCAAGUGGCAAAAAAUUCAAGGGCAAACAUGCAUAUGAAGCAGUUGAGUAGUGGAGAUAAGCUCCUCACUUUUAUUUGGCUUUUAAACAAGCUUGUGGAGACAGAUGAUAUGUUUCAUAUUAUACUUGAUAUUCCAGGAAAUUAGCUUAUGAUAGUCAAAGAGCUUUUAUUAAAGAUCAAACUUCACCUAUGUAGUAGAUCAUAGGUCUAUCAAAAGUUCUAUGGCAAAUAUUUAAUUUUUAAGAACCAAAGCAACAUAUGUAUGGUGUUAUUUUUAAUUGUUUGUAUGGUUUUUUAAAAAGAUAAUUUAUAUUGUGUAGUCAUAUGUUGUAUUAUUGUAUCUUUUGAUCAUAACUUACAUAUUCAGUUAUUCAUUUAGUGAGGGGAGAAAGAUCUACAUAUUAUUUUUUAUCCCUUCACACCAUUAUUUAUUUGUCAUUAUUAAGUAGAGAAAGAUGUUGAAUAUACACUUAUGUGAAACUCUCCAUUUUGAUUUAAUAAUAACAAAUAUGUAUAGUGUAGUCUAAUAUUUGCUAAUUGUUAUCUACAAGUUAAUCAAGUCAUGACAAUCAUUAAGAUAAUCUACAUGUUAUUGAAGCCAUAACACUCAUUAGAAUUGCUGUAAUCUGGUUAUACUGUAGUACAGAAAUUCACAUUAUUUAUUGGUGAAAUAAGUUGAUGCUUUUGGGAACUGUUAUUUUACUGGUUCAGGUUGGAAGCUUUUCGAUGCCUGCUUUGUGGGAUUCCAUCACGAUGCCUACUGUUUUUUCUCAAAUAUGGCUCGGAGGGACUUUGCAAGCCCUGGAUGAUGAUGAUUUCCCUGUUUCCCAUGUAAAUCCCCUUGAAAGGUCUACGGGCAACUUGGGGAGUGUAUGGCAAGCCUAAUUGUUGAUUUGGAAUUAUUUUCAAAUUAAAAUAAGCUUUUAUUUGAAAAGCUUUUAAUUGCUCAUUAUUGUAAUUGGUUAAGGAAUACAUUUUCUCUCAUUAUGUUCAUUUGAUUUGAGAUUU